GAGGGAGGAAGAAGGGAUGAGAGAAAGAGAGGGAACAGAGGGAGGAAGGACUUAAAACACAUGAUAUCAGUCUGGUUGGUUAAGAACAAGGGGAACCAGUAAAGGACUUACUGUUUUCUACCAAAAAGGGAUUUUUACGACAUCAUCACAUUUACUGGUAUUUCAGUCCAGACAACUUCCAGGUGACUACCAGGUGACUACCAGGUGACUACCAGGUGACCAACUACAUUCAACACAUGCCAGACAAGACAAUUGAGGCAAUACAACUGGCUCAUUAGCAUGCAUAGAUGAAUACAUAGAUAAUAGACAUGGAAACUCGAUUAAUAAUUGAUCUAUUGGAUACUCAUGGCACCAGCUCCGUGUCAUUGACUAGACUGAAGACUGGACCUCAAGAGAACCUCUAGCUCCGUAUCGUUGACUAGACUUGAGACUGGACCUCAAGAGAACCUCUAGCUCCAUACUUCAUAACUAGUCUACUAGUGUUUUUACCUAAAGGACAGACGGAGAGUGUGUCUGAGAAAGUGUGUGUGUGAGAGUUAGAGAGGGAGAGUUUAAGCGAAAGACCGUUUUGCUUGACUAAACGUCAGCUAGAAAGAGUGUGUGGUGUGUAGUGUGUGUGUGUGAGCCAUGGCCCACGCGGCAGCUCACCUGAAGAAGGCUCGUGAGUUAGAGCAGCCUCCCGAGCUCAGAGCCAUACAGAAAGCCAGGGAGAGACGCAGACGACACAGAGAGAGAGCAGAGCGCCAACGCCAGUCUGACAGUAACACUAGUUUCCUGCGUGCUGCGAGGGCGGGGAACCUGGACAAGGUUCUGGAGUUCCUGAAAGACGGAGUUGACAUCAGUACCUGUAACCAGAACGGUCUGAAUGCGCUGCACCUGGCAGCUAAGGAGGGCCAUGAGGACCUGGUGGAAGAACUACUGGAGAGAGGCUCCGCCGUCGACUCUGCUACUAAGAAAGGGAACACAGCCCUCCACAUCGCCUCAUUGGCCGGACAGAAGGAAGUGGCUCGACUGCUGCUGAAGAGAGGAGCCGACAUCAACGCCCAAUCACAGAAUGGCUUCACUCCUCUCUACAUGGCAGCCCAGGAGAACCACCUGGAGGUGGUCAGAUACCUGCUGGAGAAUGGAGGCAACCAGAGCGCUGCUACUGAG